AUGAAUAAUAAUCAGGUGAGCGGUCCCAUGUAUGACAACCAAGUGUUUAAACAUGAAGAAUAUAGUCCUCCAUCUUCUGUAACACAGCAGAUCCCCAGCCAUUCCUCCAUCAACCAGUGUUAUACUUCAACACCUGGAAUACCAGCUAAUCCAAGGCAAACAAAAGUAUACUACCAGUGUCUACUGGGGAAGUCGUGUGGAAAAGGUGGGAUGUGUCUGAGCCAUACCCGGUGGUGUGAUGGAACCAUUGACUGUCCAGAUGGAGAGGAUGAAUCUCAGUGCUUUCGCCUCCAAGGGGCCAACUCCAUGCUGGAGAGUUAUUCAUCAAGCAGCCAGACCUGGAUGCCCGUGUGUGCUGACAACUGGGAUGAUAACUAUGGACGAACUGUGUGCAGACAGAUUGGUUACAGCAGAGAUGAUUAUUUUGCCUACAGCCAAACCAGUGCAGGUUCUUUGGCCUCCAAUGGAUAUAUGAGGCUGGAGUCCGGAAGUAAUAGUGGCUCACUAAUACAGUCACAGCUCACUCACAGCUUACUGUGCUUCUCCAAAGCUGUCACACUUCAGUGUAUUGAAUGUGGCAAGAGUUCAGCAGCUCCGAGCAGUCGUAUUGUUGGUGGCACAGAGGCUGUAAAUGGAGCCUGGCCAUGGCAGGUCAGCCUCCAGGUUUCAGGUCGACACAGCUGCGGAGGCUCCAUUAUCAGCCGAUACUGGAUCCUGUCUGCUGCACACUGCUUUAAAUAUUCCUCUUCUCCUUCAUUGUGGAGGGUAAACUAUGGGGACGUGAACUUGGAAAACAUGUUUAACAGCAGAGUUCAGAAAAUCAUCAAACAUAAAGAUUUUGACACAAGAACGAAUAAUUAUGACAUUGCUCUCCUAAAGCUUGAUACACCUCUGACUUUUAACAAUAAAGUUCGGCCAGUGUGUCUCCCCAAUGUUGACCUGAACCUUUCUGCUAAUCGUCAAGCAUGGAUCACAGGAUGGGGAGCACUGCAGUCAACAGGGCCAACCCCCAAAAUAAUGAAUCAAGCCAAGGUGACCAUUUACAGCAGGGCCACUUGUAAUGCACCUGAAGUAUUAAAUGGUGAAGUCACCAAGGCCAUGUUCUGUGCAGGUAGCCUGGAGGGAGGAGUUGACUCCUGUCAGGGUGACAGUGGAGGUCCCCUGGUCGUGAAAGAAGGAGAUCGAUGGUGGCUGGCAGGAGCUACGAGCUAUGGUUAUGGAUGUGCUUUGAAGAACAAGCCAGGAGUCUAUGCCAAUGUACCAUUCUUUAUUGACUGGAUAUACGAAAACAUACAGAAUAACUGA